UGACAUAUUUACUUCCGCAUUUCUUUGUCAUUUCCGGUCACAAAAGUUUUUGAAAGAUAAUAGGAUCAACAAUUCAAAAGAAAUCGGUUGUCAUCGACGCAUCAGAUGAUAUUUUUAUUUUAAAUGUGUAAGGUAUUCAAUUAAGAAUAUCUCAAAACUUCUUUCUAUCGCACCUAGUGCCGCAUCUCUCAGGAUGAGCUUUCUGUUUGGAAACAAAAACAAUAAGACAUUCAAGCCUAAAAAGAAUAUACCUGAAGGCACACAUCAGCAUGACUUGAUGAAACAUGCUGCUGUUACACUGGGAAGUGGAAACCUUCGUCAAGCUGUCAUGUUACCAGAGGGAGAGGAUCUCAAUGAAUGGGUGGCUGUCAACACUGUCGAUUUUUUCAACCAAAUUAAUAUGUUAUAUGGGACAAUAACAGAAUUCUGUACAGAGGAGACUUGUCCGGUCAUGUCAGCAGGUCCAAAGUACGAAUAUCACUGGGCUGAUGGUCAGGCUGUCAAAAAGCCAAUCAAAUGCUCUGCACCAAAAUACAUAGACUACUUAAUGUCUUGGGUACAGGACCAACUGGAUGAUGAAAGUCUAUUCCCCUCCAAAAUUGGUAUUCCAUUUCCAAAGAAUUUCCUUGCCUGUGCCAAAACAAUACUUAAAAGACUUUUCCGAGUGUAUGCACACAUCUACCACCAACACUUUAAGGAGGUGUGCCAGCUUGGUGAGGAAGCUCAUCUCAAUACUUCCUUCAAACAUUUCAUCUUCUUUGUGUACGAGUUCAGUCUCAUCGAAAAACGAGAGCUUGCCCCCUUGCAGGAGCUGAUCGACAAACUCACAAGCAAAGACAGAUAGAGGCUAUGACAGGGUAUACACUAGUCCAAUUAUUUCCCACUCUGUCAGAGCUUCUCGGUUGGUGCUUCCAGUGUCAUAAUCUCACUCACAUUGUAUGCAUGAAGGAGGCAAUCCAUAAAUAUAUAUAUAUAUGCAUUGUGUGGGCAACAGCAGCCAACAAUAUCACAAGUUUGUUGUCCAAUGACGUAUGAAUUAGAAGUCUUUUAUUUAUUAGUAUCUGUUUCUGGUCAAAUUCCUCAUUGGUAUCUCUUUCUGGUUAUAUAGAGGUUAGAUAAGUAAUACAUGAUCAUGCAAGGCUGUUGGUAUUUGUACCAAAAGCUGGUAUCUUUUAGACACACAGUAUUUUUAUUUGACUUGUCAAGUGUUGAUGGGAAACUUUUAUGAAGAUUUGCUUUGUUGAACUCUUUCAAACUUCAGAUGAGGUAGUGUUUGUAUUUGUUGGGUGUGUGGACAAGUAGUUUCAAUAUGGUAUCUUCAAACCUGAUGCAUGUACCUCUACUACUAGGAGUUGUGUAUGGGUAUGUCAGACCCUGCAAACUUUACAUGAGGCAUAUAGUAAGCUGUACAUACACACAGAGAACACCUUUGUACAAGAGUCUUGUAUUUGAUAACGUUUAAGUAACUACAUAUAUGUAUAUACUGUUACCAUCUCAGUUUCAUUGCUGAGUUGUAUUGUCAGCAAAAUUACUCCUGACAACACACAACACUUCAUCAAUAUACUUGUUUAUCAUAACACUCUAUUUGUAAACAAUGAUGUAAGACUUCAAUAUAUUUUGUGCCGACGUCUCUGACGGCUGAUUAUUUUAAGCAAUUAAGUGCAAUAACACAUGAUUUAAUUUACGCUCUUUGUAGUGAUUAUUUAAUAUUGUUAUGCAAAUGUACAGUCUAACCUAUAUUGAGAGACCACUGAAAGAAGUCUGUUUUACCAUUUCGAGAAAAUUCAUGGAACUGCUGUGACAAACCAUCUUUUUAGUAGCAGUUGAUUUCUACUGUUUGUCAAAACAGGUUGUACUGUGGUAUUUGUCCAAACUAACAUUCAGUUUUGAUUCGUAGUAGAUGUAUCUUGAGGUGUUUGGAGAUGUAGAUGGUGGUAAAGAGACUGCUCUCUUUCAUUGUAAGGAGUUGACAUGGUUAUAUGGUAGUCCAUUCUGUCCGUUUCAGUGUUAUACUGAUGAAAAUGUAUUUUUUGUUGGAUUAUGUUAAGGAAUCAUUGGUAUGGUAUAUACUAUGAACUACAAAUGCAUGUAUAUAUUCUCUACCAAACCUUAAAGGUUUGUGCCAUAUUAUUCGUGAAGUCGAGAUGACGUAAUAUGGUCAUAAUUUACAUAUCUAGCCGCAGGUAACUACUUACGCUAGUGAAUAAGACACACAACAGUGCUUGGUUUUGUUAUUUAAUUUGUGUACUUGGGAAUUCCUGAAAUGUUCUGUACUUGGAAUUAAGUUUUUCAGCUGCCAAGUAAUAUUUAUUGUUGUAUAAUUGACCGUGUGAAUAACUGAGAAUGAAUGCAGAUCUGUGUAGAUGGUCAUAAAGAUAAGUUGCUGUUAUUAACUAUACCUAUUUCUCAAUUUCUGUCUCUUAGAUCAGUUGAACUGGAAAAUGUGUUUUAAAUGUGUUACUGUUACAAUAAACAGCAUUGUUUUGCCAAUUUGUGUCAUAACACAUGCAUUGUUAUUAUCAUCAUAAGUUUUAUAUAUAUUAUAUGAAUGUAUAUGUAUAUAUACAUCUGUUUGUAAAAAGAUUGCUAAAUUUUGCGUGUUAUAUAUGUAAAUAAUCGUAAUGAGACACUUCAGGAAUCCGUCUAUUUGUUGGCUCCAGCAAAAUUGAAAAUAAUGUGCUAUUUCCUUUGGAAUCUUCAACAAUGUAAACAAAUUCAAAAGAAUUCUGACUGCAAAACCAUGAUUACAUGUAAUAUAUUUGAUAACUUCCUCCUCUUUCUUAUAUUAUUACUACAAAGCUGCAUUUUAAAGUAUUUUUUCCAUUGGUGUAGAAUGAUUUUCAAUAUCCAUAGGAAAGCUUUAGACCAGUAGCUUGUUUUUUAUGAAAAGCGUACAACAUUCCAUAUAUCAUGCUUACUAUUGGCUUUUGCUCCCGGGUAGUAAUGUUGGAGAGAGAAAAUGUGGACUGAUCAAAUCUGAAAUUUAAUCUGUUGGAAGAUUGUACAUAAUUGUGGUAUAUGAAUUUGUAAAACAUACAUGUACUGUUAUUAAGUGUAACAAUGGCUGUAGAAAAGGAAGGUACUGAAGUGAUUCUCUCGUUGGACUAGGAUUUUCUGUCUGCUGUAGUGAUUGGCUUGAAUUUGCAACUUUGAACUUUUCUUCAUUUAGUGUCAAUUCUGUCAGUUUUCAAUGUGACAUACAAGAAUGUUACUCAGUUUGUCUGUCUGUCCAUUUGAAUGAUUUCUUAGCAAGUACUCGGUUCAGUGUUUAGGGAUUUUUGCCAAAUAUUUCUUAUCAAAAUAUAUUAGGAUUUCCCUAAUCCAUGGAUGUUUAUUCAAGUUUCAUAUACCUCUCUGUUCUGAUCACCUGUUAAGGGCUUUUUGGGGUUAAUUUUGGGAAAGGCUCCUGUUGUCAUUUAAGAAGAAAAAAAUAAUUGACAUGUCUGCUUGGUGUGUCAGUAAAAGCAACAUGCAACACUGGUUUACCACUUUUAUUCAUAUUCAGUGAGCCAAUUUUCUGGCCUUUUUAUGAUCAUAUCUUCAUAAAAUAAUAUAUGACCAAAGAAACUAAAACAUUCAUCAAAUAUUAUUUCAUUUCACAUAUUGAGUGUUGCUUUGUCAUCUGUCAGAAUACAAGAGAAAAAAUUCAUACUCAAAUUUUGAUGUUAAUUGGUGUUAAUCUGCAUACGACAGAGUAAAUAUGAGGUCGGUUUAGAAGAUAGAUUAAUUUUGAAAAAAAUUGUAAAUACUUCUCAAGUCUGAUUGGCUGAUACAUCCUUUCGAAUACAAUCACUGUUUGGCAGAUCAAGAAAGGUCCUGCUGCCUUAUCAUAUUGGCUUUGCCAUUGAAAGAAAAAUUGUGAAAUCAUAAAGUAGUGUUCAUUUGUUUACUAAUCUAUUGGUGAAGAUUUUCAAUCAUGAUUGUAAUAGGAGAGGCAAAAAUGCACAGCCAGACCGGGGUUCAAACCUGGGACCUUCUGAACUCUUAGACGGAUGCUCUACCAAUUGUGCUAUCUGGUCGCCAACAACUACCGACCCAGUUCAGUUCCGCUACAUUCCUCUCUCCUUUUUCUUACUCUUCGCCCCCGAAGACACAACUUUAACAACCAAGGUUUGGGUAUCCCCUUGCUAAGCAUACACCAAUUGUUUGAAAUAAGGGUUGGUCACAGACACUACUGAAACGGGAGAGGAAAAAUGCAUGACCACUCGGCCAGACCGAGGUUUGAACCCGGGACCUUCCAAACUCUUAAACAGACGUUCUACUAAUUGAGCUAUCUUGUCCCUAACAAUCGACCCAGUCUAGUUUCGCUACAAUUGGAACAGUGUAUUGGUCCUCCUCCCCCACCCCUCUCCCAAAAAAAAGCAUAAUAAAACCAACAGGUAGUGCAAGUUGUAGUACACGUAUCUGCUUUAUUAUACUAUAUCCUUCUGGGCGGUCACCACAAGUGUCGGACAGUGCUACAUGAUGUAUAUCUAUCUGUAGCAACUUAAGGUUAUAUGUUAGCCUACUAUUAUCAGUAAAUGCACCUCCUUCACAAAAGAUCUCUACAUAAGGCAACCUGUAAAUUGUGGUUUAGACUUAGGCAGUCAAUUAAGGAUACAUUUGAAAGGAAACAUUAAUGCUAUAUAUAACACUCCUGAAAUACUGCAUUCUUGUAUAAUUCUGGAUGGAAAUACAGUGUAAAACACAUUUUGUAUAAGAGAGUUUCUCUAGUUCUUGUUGCCCAAGUAUCCCGUUUGCUGGCUAAUUCCAUAGUAUUCGUGUGUAUAUGUACUUGUAUAUUUCAUUCUUAGAUGCCAAAUAUCUUUAAAAUCUGUGUUAUGUUACUCAAGCUACUUUAGUAGGAAUGUGAUGUUUUUAAGUGUUUGUUAAUGAGUAAAGCUCGAAUCGUUUUAUUCUACCCAUCCAUCAGUGGACUUGUGCCUUCCCUUCAGAAGUGUUUAGGAAAUAGAUUGGUUAUGUAAUUCCAUUUCAAGUGGUUUAUUUUCGGAUUGGCUGUCCAAUCUUAGACCAACAAUUUUAUAAGAAACUCAUUCAGGGUCUUAAGUAGAUAGUUCGGAAAUACAUCUACUGAUCAAAUUACUUAAAUCAUUUUGGUUACAUCUUGGCAGAAACGAUAUACUGUGUCCAGACUAACCACUUACCAGGUUCAACUGUAAACAGAUCCCUAAGAAUGCAAACUAAUGAUUUCUACAGUAGUGUAGUCAUCCUGAGUGGGUAGACUAAAUAUCAUAUUUACUAUCUAUGGGGGGGAAGGCACAGUGCAGUGUUGGUGUUUUCCUAUACUGUAUAGAGAGUUGAUCUGGUGCAUGCUGGAUCAAGUGACUGUUGGAGAGAGUCUUUAAUCUUUGUCAAUUUAACUUCUCACCUGUAGCCUAUUACAGUGUGGCAUCAUAUUGUAAACAUGUCACACACAGCAAGAGCUGGCCUGUCCGGGUCAAAGCACUUUGUUUGUUUUGCUUGAAUGAUGUUGGUCCCAAUGGAAAGACACAGGAGAGGACAAGGCCUAAAUUAAUUAGGUAUUUUAUGAAAAUCCAUGCAAAGAUGUAAUAAAUGAAUUCACAACACUAACAAA